AUGGGAAUUCUGCAAUCAAAUAACAACAUCAACACGAAUCUAAAAUCAGAUUGUUUAGAUCCUCAGUUCUGGAAUCAAUUGGAAGCGAUUAUAAUGAUUUUAGAACCAAUAGCCUUUUCGUUGAAAUUAUUUGAAUCCAACGAGUCAGUACAUUCAUCAAUUUAUCCACUGUUCAAUGAUUUAUUUUAUAAGACGAAACAAAUAAAUUGCCAAUUCAAAUCACAGGUGCUUAAACUAAUUGGGGAAGGAUAUGAAUCUAUCUACAAGGAUUCGUUAGCAGUUGCAUAUAUGCUAGAUCCAAAAUACUACGAAGAAAGCAACAAAUUGGUGAUUGAUUAUGAAGUAAUGGGGACUUUUACUAGUUUCCUCAAUGCAAAAUAUCCCGAUAAAUCAAACGAAUUACAUCUAGAAUUUUUAAAAUUCCGUAAUAAAAUGGAACCGUACAAUGAUCAACUAAUUUGGAGUUGCGUUGAUCAAGUAGAACCAAGUUUGUGGUGGAAAUCUUGGCCAGAGAGCGAAUUGAAAAGGCUUGCUGUCAAACUAUUGUCAAUUCCAACCUCUCCAGCAUCGGCUGAACAGGACCUUUUAAAUGUUAGCUUUAUUCAUCCGAAACUACGAAAACAUUUAGAUGAUGAAACUGUAAAAAAAUUAGACUAUGUACAUAGUAAUUUAAACAUUGAAGAAAUUCAAAACAAAAAGAAUAAUCUAUUAAAUGUUGAUUUCAAUGAUGAUAACGUCGUUGAAGAUGUUUUUGAAGACUUGAAAACGUUUAAUUUUGAAAAAUUAGAAGUAAAUAUUAUUAUACCUAGUUGUGUUGAUAUGUUGUAA